AUGACUACACGCCCAGACCUCCUGAAACCAAUCCACGCCCUCCUAGAAGCCCUGACAAACCCAGACCCAACAAACCCCAACAAACUCCUCUCAACCUUCACAACAUCCCCAAACCCUCUAGCCCACGAACACGGUCUCCCGCAACUAGCUCCCUUCCUGGGCCGUCCAUUCACCGGCCAAGAUGGGGUAGCAACUUACUUCGAGCUCAUCACCUCCCUCCUCUUUAUUAAGAACAUGGUAUUCGAGCCCGAUGAGAACUGGGUGGUUGAUAAGAGUUGCAUGGCUGUUUCUCUGCGUGGGACCGCAACGUUUGGCUGGAAGGAGACGCGGCAGGCGUGGGAUGAGACGUUCGUUUAUCGCAUUAAGCUUGCCGUUGAUGGUGGGCCUGGGGAGGGGAGGUUGGCGGUUUGCGAGUAUCAUGUUUGGGCGGAUACGGGGGCUGCUUAUCUUGCUAGGCUUGGGAAGUUAGGGGAUUUAAUGAAUUCUAAGGGUGGUGGUGAGGGGAUUUAUGUGGAUUUUGAUGCGGAGGGUACAAGGUAG